AUGACUAUACAUAAUAACUCUUUGAAAUAUCAUCCAGCGACAAACUCGUCAAGUUCUUUCAACACAUCAACAAAACACCUGCAGAGGCUUUCUGGAGAGAUACCUCCUCGGUUAGGUUGGAACACUAGAGUGAUUAUACUUGUAGUCGUUCUUUCAAUUUUGACUUUCCUUUGUACAUAUGUGCCGACAGAAGUGUCAUCCGACUCUACUUUCAUGUUUGUGAAAGGAGAAAAAACGAGCAAACAAUUAGCAACCAACUUGACAACGCGAUUAACGACUCCAAAAGUUAAAAAACCAACAAAGAGAAAGCCUACGAAUAAUUUAUCACUUGUUUACAAGAAUGACUACUUGUCACAACAUCGAUUUACCUAUCUCGUCACAACAUUGAAUGGCCAUGUUCAUGCAAUUGAUCAAUUCAACCUCCAAACUCUUUGGGUUUCAGAUAAAGUUGGAGGGCCAUUGAUACGUACUUCGAAACAGUAUAGCGAGAUCCAAGUCAUACCAUCAAUCAAUGGAAACCUCUAUUUAUACAAACAAGGAGAAGGUAUUCAAAGACUUCCAAUGUCGGUGAACGAGCUUGUAAACAAAAGCCCAUUUUAUGGAAAUGAUGGAACUCUCUACGUCAGUUCAAAAACGAGUGACGUUUAUCUUAUUAAUAUCCAUACAGGAGAAAUUGUUGAGGACUCAAAAGCUCAAUAUCUUGAUAUUAUCACACUUGUCAGAGUGAACUACAAUGUCAUGUCAUUGGAUGCACAUGACAAUUCACUAAUUAAGUGGAAUUUUACUUACUCUGAAAUUUAUCCAUUAUAUCAAGAAAGGGUGGACGACAAAAUGGGAGCUCUUUCGACAGUUGACAAUCAUUUAUAUUUAUUCAAAAGAAAAUCGAGUAGAAAUAUUGCUAAUAGCAUUGGUCAGGCUGUUUCUCUUGCCUUUGAAUCUCAACCAAUGUUUGUUUAUCGACAACUAAACGUUGCUCACAGAAUUUCUUCAAGUCCUCAAUCUGACAAGUAUAGAGAUGAGUUUGUGUUCAGUAAGAUUAUCAUGCCAAUACAGGAGCUAUCGAUAUCUAUCCUCACUCAACAGAAUGAACAAACCAUCCAUAUCAAACACAACAAGCUGAUAGAUUCGUUCUAUGCAUUAGAACUUCCAAAGAAUUUACCGCUGGUGAUUGUAUCUGACAAGAAAAGCCUAUCUUUACAAAGUAAUGACGACGUUUUAACAUUACCUUCGAUAGAUGUUCAAGAACCACCAAGAACAACCACUCUUAACACCAGGCUUGGAAACAACGAACAUCAACUGUUAAUCGAUAAUAAGGUUUGGAAUACCAACGAUAUCAUUAACGACAAACAGAACAAUAAUUCUCAUGAUCAUGCAGUUGAGAAUUAUACUCUUAUUGUUGAAAAUCAAGAUGACCUUCAUCCAAACAUUGUUCAAAAAGACGAUCAAUAUUAUUAUAUUUUGAGUGACGAUGAUGAAGGUGGUGCUCAAUUCGAUCAGAAUUGGCAUGAAAAGUUUACUGUUGCUUUUAUAAGCGCUAGCUUGAUUGCAGUUCUCUCUUUAACGACCAUUGCCAUUGUCAUUUUCAUAAAACAACGCGAAGAGCGAAGAAAAAAGAGAAAGGAACGAGCUUCGGAAGAGGCAAAAGAGGCUUCUGAAAAAGACUUAAACCCUUCUGAUACUAACGGAAAUGCAACAGGAACACCUGGCUCUUCUCCUUCCUCAGGAUCAACUCCAGUAUCUAGUAACACCAAUGGCUCUGAAUAUACAAUUGGAAACAUUACUCUUUUCUAUAAUGAAAUUCUUGGAUAUGGUAGCAAUGGUACAAUAGUAUAUAAUGGUGUAUUGAAAUAUAAGAUUAACGACUCAUACAUUGUCAGAAAGGUGGCCGUAAAGAGAAUGUUGAAAGAUUUUGUUAAAUUUGCUCAAAAAGAAAUUUCUCUUCUCAUCGAGAGCGACAGUCACACUAACAUUUUGAGAUAUUAUGCACAGGAAGAGGAUGAACAAUUUAUAUACUUGGCUUUAGAGCUUUGCAAUGGGGGAACUCUGGAACAAUACUUACAACAACAUCCUGACCUGAGUUAUCCUGAAAGACAAAGAAUACUUAAACAACUUGUAAUGGCCAUAGAUCACAUUCAUCAGCUAGGAAUUGUUCACAGAGAUUUGAAACCUGCUAACAUUUUAUUAGAUGAAGAAGGAAAUAUUAAACUGAGUGAUAUGGGUCUUGGAAAGCGAUUGGAACAAUAUCAAAGCUCAUUCUAUGAGUUGUCUAGCAUCAUUAAUACACGACAUGGAAAUAGUGGAAGUAGUAGUAGCGAAGGAACUGGAGAUGACCACGGUACGGGAAGCAAAAACAAGAAUGCAGCCAUUGUUGGAACGAUUGGUUGGCAAGCACCUGAAAUUUUAUUUCACAUUGAGCAAACUCUCCAACAAAUGGAAAAUGCUUUGGAACAUCCAACUACUCAAACUGGUACUGAAGUUCCACCCUCAAGUACUAUUAGCGGAUCAACAAAUGCUUCAACUCUCCAAAACAGAAUGACUAAGGCUGUCGAUAUUUUCGCUUUGGGUUGUAUCAUUUUCUUUGUGUUAACAGGAAAGCAUCCAUUUGGAAGAAGAUCGGAACGAGAAUGGAACAUUUUAAAUAACAAACCUGUGGCGUUGUUAGAAGAAGCGAACAAUCAAUCGAGACAGAACCAAAAGAAGAGGAAAAAACAUUUCUAUAGAAUUGAUGCUUCUGUACUCAAACUAAUUUGCGAGGAAUUGAUCGUGCCUGAUCCAACAAAACGUAUUAGCGCAGCACAGCUUCUCAAGCAGUGUCUAUUUUGGGAUUAUGGCCUCAAGUUAAACUUUUUAAGCGAUGUCAGCGAUCAACUUGGAAAAGAGCCAGAAAAUAUUGUCUACAAAAUGCUUCAAGAGAAUGCAGAGAAAAUUUUCAAUGGAAAUCCUACUUGGGACACACAAAUUGACGAUGUUGUCUAUCAACAAAUCAAAGCUGUCAGAAAAUAUGACUAUACUAGAGUUUGGGAUGUGUUGAGAUGCAUUCGAAAUUUGAAAUCACACUAUCGCGAAUAUCAAUUACAGGAAACAAAACUUUUGAGAUGUGGGUGUGAAAAGCUUCCAGAUGCCAUUUUCGUUUAUUUUGAUUUAGAGUUUCCUCAUCUCUUUCCUGUUGUGUACGAACUUGUCAAGGAGAACUGGUCUGAUAGAGCACAAUUCAAAAAGUAUUUCUACUAA